AUGGAACAAGUUUUAAUAAAAGAAAAUUUUUCAGUCAUCGCAGAUCCAGAAGCUGUCGAAGUGGUCAUUAAAACAUGUCUCGAGAAAGACGAAAUGACGUUCGUAACAAGACCAUUACUUGGUAAUGGCAGCAUUUUUGCACCAGUUUCAAUUUGGCGACCCCGUCGAAAAGUGCUAGCUACAACGUUCGGACAGAAAACGCUUAAUGGUUUUGUCAAGAUUUUUUCGAAACAGGCUGCAAUUUUAACAGAACAACUGAAACCUGAUACAGAAAAGGAUAGUUUUUCUAUUCUCGAUAGAGUUACAAAGUAUUCAAUGGAUUCCGUUUGUGAAACUACACUUGGAGUUGAAGUGAACAGUCAAAGUGUAACAGAUCAUCCGAUUCCUAAAUCGUUUACCAAACUUUGCGAUUUGGUCUCCAGCCGUAUGUUGAAACCUUGGCUUUACUCCGAUUACAUCUACAAGUGGCAUUGGGAUUUUCCAGAAGUUAUUGAAUCUACUAAUGUAGUAAAAAAAUUUGUGGCUGAGAUAAUACAAUCAAAAAGACUCAAAAUGAAGGAACAGAAUAAAAAUGUAAUGGGUCAAAGCAAACAUGAUUGUGAAAAAGAAAUAUCUAAACCUAAAAGUUUCCUUGAGAUGCUUAUCGAAUCAGGAGGCAAUGAAGGCUUUAGCGAUCUGGAGCUCCAAGAAGAGACUAUUGUGAUGUUAUUUGCUGGUACUGAUACGUCAUCUAUAGCAAUAUCGUUUACAGUCAUGCUGUUGGCACAAAGACCACAUAUUCAGGAUAAAAUAUAUCAAGAAAUACAAGAAGUAAUUUCAGAUACCAAAAGACCAAUAGAAGUAAAUGAUUUGCCGAAGCUGAAAUAUUUGGAAGCAGUUGUCAAAGAGUCGUUGAGGUUAUAUCCACCUGCGCCAGUCAUCAUCAGAAAAGUGGUGGGAAAGGGCGUCACUUUACCUUCAGGUGUGACUCUCGUCCCCGGAGUGGGUGUAACGAUACACAUCUGGGCCAUACAGAGGAACCCAAAGUAUUGGGGCAACGACGCGACCGUGUUCAGACCAGAACGAUUUCUCGAAGGUUCUUUGAAACACCCAUAUGCUUUUUUGCCAUUCAGCACUGGUUCAAGGAACUGUUUAGGAUAUCAAUACGCCAUGAUGUCAGUAAAAACAGUGAUGGCACAAAUAAUAAGACGUUACCGCAUCUUACCAGCAACAACUGAAGGCAGUAUAGAUGAAGAAAUACCUGUAAAAUAUGAAGUCAUGAUGAAGCAUGCUGGGAAUUUCGAAGUGAAAUUAAUGUUUUGGCAAAUUUUGAGCUUGGUUUUAGUAUUAUUGUUGUUGUUACGGUGGAAAAAUCGUAAAUUCCGGAAUGUUGCCGAACGGCUUCCCAACAAUAUGAAACAAGUGCCUAUUUUAGGGCAUGUUCUUUAUUUCAUGGGAAACAACAAAGACCGUAUGGAUGCAAUUAAGGAAGUGGGCAGAGAGGCCUUAAACCAAAGUGGUAAGACCAGUGCAUGGCUUGUACACAAAUUGCAUGUAGUAAUUGCUGAUCCGGAAAUCGUAGAAUCAAUAAGCAAAACAUGUCUAGAAAAAAAUGAGGUUUUCAACAUCUUCAAGAUUCUUAUAGGUAACGGCAGUAUCUUUGCUCCAGUGCAAAUAUGGCGUCAUCGUCGCAAAGCCAUUUCCCCAAUUCUUGCACACAAAACUAUAACUAGUUUCGUAAAGAUAUUUUCAAACCAAAGUGCUGUUAUGAUGGAUUUGUUAAAAGGAGCUGUUGGAAAGGGAACAUUUUCCAUAUUCAAUACCGUUUGCAAGUAUAGUAUGGAUACCUUGUGUGACACAGCAAGUACAAAAGUCAAAAGUAUGUUAGAGAUUUCUAUUGAAUCGGACGAACUAAAUGAUUUAGAGCUGCAAGAAGAGUUUAUGGUCCUUGUUGUAGCUGGUAUUCAAACAUCGGCAAUCACCAUUGGGUUCGUCUCUCUCGUGCUUGCAAAGUAUCCAAAUAUACAGGAAAAAGUGUAUCAAGAAAUACAAGAAGUACUGGGGAGCUCUGAUCGACAUAUAGAUCCAACAGAUUUACCUAAAUUAAAAUAUUUAGAGGCAGUUAUAAAAGAGACUUUGAGGUUAUAUCCGCCAGCGCCUCUUAUUGUAAGGCAAGUGUCGGAUGACGUCACUCUACCGACGGGUUUGAAAUUGGUCCCCGGAGUGGGUAUAGUUAUCCAUAUUUGGGCAAUUCAUAGAAACCCGAAGUAUUGGGGGCCCGAUGCUGAUGUGUUCAGACCAGAGAGGUUCCUCGAGGGCCCGUUGAAACAUCCUUGUGCAUUUAUGCCCUUCAGCAAUGGCCCAAGAGGUUGUGUUGGGUCUCAGUUUGCUAUGAUGUCUGUGAAGACAAAUUUGACACAUCUUGUCAGACGAUACAGGAUUUUGCCAGCAGAUAACUGUAAUCAAGAUGAAGAACUGCCUGUAACUUUCGAUAUCUUUGUAAAACAUGCUGAUAAUUUUGAAAUAAAAUUGGAGUUUCGAAAUAAGUAGCAGUGUUAUCACUUCGAAGACUUAUUAAGA